AUGCCCACCCGACAAUGGAGCAUAAAAUUCCCCAACCUCGCAAUCGCCUCCAUUCCGGCAGAUGAAACCCUAGGACCCGAUGGCCUAGCCACCAUUCCCACACACAGCCCGCCCGCCGCCGCCGCCAUGCCGCCGUUCCGGCGCUGGGCGGAUCUGCCGGCGGACCUCCUCUGCCGCAUCGGCGACAGCCUCGACCUCAAGUGCUACGCCAGCGCGCGGGGCGCCUGCACGGCCUGGCGAUGCGCGCUCUCGCCGCCCUCCCCGUCGCUCCUCGUCGUCCUCGACGACGCCAGGUGCUGCCCCUCCGCCGCGUCGCUCCCCACCCACCGCUCCUUCGAGCUCAAGAACAUCCUCUCGGGGGGCCGAUGCGUCGGCUCCAGCAACGGCUGGCUCGCCCUCUCCGUCUGCCUCUACGGCGGCCAGAGCAUGUUCAGCCUCUUCAACCCCAUCACCGCCACGGAGAUCCUUCUGCCGCCGCUGAUCUACGAGAGCCGCUGGGUCUCCAAGCUUGUCUUCGCGCCCAACCCCGCCAGGGACGACUUCGCCGCCGCCGCCAUCUGCGACAUCGACAGGCUCGCCUACGUCACCGCGGGGGCCAGGAGGUGGGCCAUCCUCGAUCCCGUCCGCCUCUCCAGCGGAGAUCAGCUCGCCGACGUCGUCUACCAUGAAAAAGGUAGGGUCUACUGCCUCACCCGCUAUGGCGAUGUCCACGUGCUCCGCCUGCCGGAGCGCCGCCGCAGGAAGCCUAUCGUCGUCGAGGAUCCGGCUGGCCCAUCAGAGCCAGAGAUGCCUUUAGGACGUCCCGCACUCAGUCUUCAGGGAAGAAGACAGCGCAACUUGCGUAUGCUCUGCUAUGAACAUCGUAGAUGGAGAGAGCAGCAGCUCCCAAUUGCCACAAUGAAGGCUACCUUCUGCCAAGAUGUGUUUAUGCCUCUUAGGAGAGUUCCUCCUGGAUCUGUCGGACCGGACCUAAAUGCACCGGCCACAGUCGAGCCCAUGUUGUCUGAGUGCAACCUACCGUUCGAUCCUGCUACCUGUUUUGCCGCGCCAUACAACACGGUGUCCAUUUUUACUAGUGCCAAGAACCUGGUGUUCUGUGACGGUAACCUGUACCAGAUCUGGAGAAAUGCAAGCUGCACGGUCACUUUGCAGCUGCCAGGAGGCGGUCACUGCCGUGUAGCCGAGAAUGAAAUAGUUGUUCUGAGGUAUUAUCCCCGGCGCCAACCAUGCUGGGAUGCCGUGACAGACUUGGGAGGCUACUCGGUGUUUGUUGGGAGGAACAAUGCCGUGUCGAUGUAUGCUGAAGAUGUUCCAGGACUGAAGGGUAAUUGUGUGUACUGGAUCGGCGGGAGGGGCAGGGAUCAGGGCAUGGUCUUUGACAUGGGGAUUGGGAGGUCUACACUUUGCCUUCCCGUUGCUGGUGCUGGUGUCGUUCCGGGGCCUCCACAAAGCACAAUCUGUUGGUACUUUCUCAGCGACAUAGUGAAUAACUGCAACAUAAGUGCAGGAAGAAAAGUUUAUCAGACCCGGGCAAGGGUCCGGGCUGAACGCGAGCAAGAUUUGGAGGAUUGA